GAACAAUGAUUUCAACAUGGCGGACAAAAUGAUAACUUGAAGCGACAGUAAACGUUUGGCAAAAAUUACAAUGUGUGGAAUUUGCUGUUGCCUUUUCGUGGAUAAUCACAGCUCUAGGAGUCGCUAUAAGGUUAUUUCAGAUUCAAUCCUUCCACAUCUCCAAAGAAGAGGUCCUGACCAUGCCGGAAAAACAGACUGUUCCAUAACAAAUGAUAAUGGAACAAUCUACUUGAAAUUUGUUGCUACUGUGCUUCAUUUGAGAGGAGCAAAGACUCCUCAACCUUUAGAGGAUGAAUCUGGGAAUAUUUUGUUGUGGAAUGGAGAAAUAUUUGGUGGAUUACAGGUAAAGGAAGAUGAAAAUGAUACUCUUGUUUUGCUGGAAAAGUUGUCCAACCAUCCAUCAGAUGUUCCUCCUUCUCAGCACAUUUUGUCUACACUGGCAAAGAUUCAUGGUCCCUGGGCAUUUCUUUACUGGCAGGUAAGUGAACAGAAGCUAUGGUUUGGCAGAGAUUAUUUUGGACGUCGCAGUCUCUUAUGGCACCUUCCUUCGAAUCCGGAUGAUGUACUUGCAAUAGCCUCUGUGACUGAGAGAAACCCUGUUGCUGCUGGAACGGAUCUGCAUUUUGAAGAGAUUCCAGCCGAUGGCCUGUAUUGUUUGGAUUUUGUGAGUUCGACGACCGAGCAAGACGAGAAACAAUAUUUCAGAAUCAAUAAAUAUGAAUGGACUAUUCCAGGUAAGGAAUUAGAGAGGAAAGGGCUUUUAAAUUGUCCUGUCACGCCUUUCAACAAACAAAUGCCAACUGAAAAAGAUUUAAGAAUCAUUGAAGAAAACAGGCGAAAGAUUCAUUCACAUUUGAGUGUACAAGAUGAAGGUAGAAAGAAACCGAAAGACAUUCCAAUGAAGGAGAGCAAAGGAACGUUACAAGGAGAAAAUUAUGUAGAAAACGUUAACAAAGAACUUCCUGUAGCUAUCUUGCAUCCUGACACUCUGAAAACAAGAAAUGAAACCGAAGGAACUAUUAUUGAACCUGAAACCUGGAACGUGAACUGUGAUCACGAAAUGACUGUGCGUGAAAAUAGUAUGCGUGAUUGUACUCGCAGUAUGAAGGUGAACGUUUCUUCGACAAACGGAACUUUGCUAGAUUCUUCUUUAAGAGGUUUUAGAAAAAGUUCAGAGAUUCCAUGUGAAUAUGAUUCCAGUUGCUAUCCGGUUGGGCUGGGCUGUACGGGAAACGAGAGAAACUUGUGUUUAGAAAAUUAUUCCAAGGAUGAUACACAAACUGAUUUAAACGAAGAAUGUGCAAACUUUUCUUCGACUUUGACAAUCGCUGAAGAGUGUCAUCAGAGCAACUUGUUAGGAACCCGAAAUGAGUGGGAUUCCUGUUACGGCGAAUCAAGAGACAAAUUUAUCGCAGUUCUUGGUGAUGCUGUAAGGAAACGAGUGUGGAAUCUACCGAGAACUUCAUGUGAUAGGCAUUUAGUUGCUUCUGUUUCUUCAUCUGGAAGAAGUGUGGAAGCGGGAAGUUUGGAAAAUUCAGAAGUUCGCGAUGCUCGUGUUGGAAUAUUAUUUUCGGGUGGAAUUGACUCAAUGAUGAUAGCAGCUUUGGCGGACAAGUAUGUACCUGUUGAAGAAGCCAUAGACCUCAUUAACGUAUCAUUUGAACAAAAAGUCAAUUCCAGUCAUCCUCCGAACAAGAAGACGAGAAAAGGAAAUCAGACGAAAAAGAACGCAACGGAAGUGAAACACUCUAGAAAUUUCGGCGUACCAGACAGACUUACUGGAAUAUCGGGUUUGGAGGAAUUGCGCCUUAUCAACCCGUCACGAAAAUGGAAUUUUAUCGAGGUCACGCCAUAUUAGCCAUUUGGUGUCCCCCCUGAACACAGUAUUGGAUGACAGUAUUGGAUGUGCUUUGUGGUUUGCUGCCCGGGGAGUUGGUCGUCUGCGAACCACCUCAGGGAAUAGUAAUCUCAAGCAAGAUAGUGAGGCAAAUGUUGAAGAUGAGACGUAUACAAGCCGAGCUAAGGUUCUGUUGGUUGGUAUGGGGGCUGAUGAACAACUGGGAGGAUAUGCCAGACACAGGACACGCUUCAAUGUAGAAGGCUGGUCAGGUUUAAUGGAUGAGAUGGAAAUGGAGGUAAAGCGAAUAUCUAAGCGAAACCUUGGGCGGGAUGACAGGUGUAUCUCAGAUCACGGUCGAGAAGCGCGGUUUCCGUUUCUGGACGAAGAUGUAGUCUCGUUUCUGAAUAGUCUACCAGUGUGGCUCAAGACAGAUCCAGGCUUGCCUAGAGGGACUGGGGAGAAACAGUUGCUGCGCCAAGCAGCGAGGUUACUUGGCUUGACGUCAUCAUCAAAGUUACCUAAGCGCGCAAUUCAGUUUGGUUCCCGUAUUGCCAAACUGGAGAGCAGUGGAGAGAAAGGAUCAGAGACCUGCUCUAGGUUUGAGUCCUAAAUGGCCCGUUAAGUAAGCCGAAAUAACAAUAUUUUGAUCGGUAAGGCUUAACAUUGGUCUUGGAUCGUUUGUGAAUAUCGAUGUCCAGAGGCACAGCAUUAGUAUCAUAACUAAAAAGCAUCCGAGCAAGCAGUUGAGACACAGGCAUCCCACAACAGCUUCAGCCUUUCACAGGAACCAAGUGUCUCACGGGACCGGAGCUUCUUUUGAUUAUGGAAG